AUGAAUACUAGUAAAGAACCAAUAUCUCUGCGUAAUGGCAGACUUUUUAAUUCGGUUUUAACUCGAUCAGGGCCAAUGCAGAGAACAACGAGGAUGAGAAUGUCACAAGAUGCUCUGCUCGAUGCUUUUAUUUUAUUAUAUGAUGAAUGUACUAAAGAUACAUUAAGAAAAGAUAUGUACAUGACUAAUUUCAUUAAUAAAUACAGAUCAUUGUUGACAGAAGUUAAGACUUUAAGAGUUAAUUUAAAUGAUUUUGAAUUAAAAAGUAUUAUAGGACAGGGUCACUUUGGUGAAGUUAGAGUUGUAAGAGAAAAACAAACAAAUGACAUAUACGCUAUGAAAAUUAUCAAAAAAUUUGAAAUGCCUGGAAAAAUUUGUUCAGUUCUGUUUGAAGAAGAGAGAGACAUAAUGUGUACUGCCACUUCACAUUGGCUAACGACUUUACAGUAUUCUUUUCAAGACAAUGAAAAUUUGUAUUAUAUUAUGGAAUACCAUUCUGGAGGAGAUCUAUUGUCUCUUUUAGAUAGACACGAAGGAAUUUUAACACCAGAAAUGGCCAAGUUUUAUUUGGCUGAAACAGCUUUAGCUAUUAGGGCAUUACAUCAAAUGGGGUAUGUUCAUCGAGAUAUAAAACCAGAUAAUAUUUUAUUAGAUCGAUGUGGGCAUGUUAAAUUAGCAGAUUUUGGAUCUGCUGCAAAAUUAAAUUCUGGUGGUUUAGUCACUCAAAUGAUGCCAGUAGGAACACCAGAAUACAUAGCUCCAGAAAUCUUGUUGUCCUUAGGUCAUGGCUAUGAAGAUAAAAUCAAAAAGCAAUAUUAUGGAAUGGAAUGUGAUUAUUGGUCACUUGGGAUUCUUGCAUAUGAAUUGGUUGUUGGAAGGACACCAUUUUCUGGAUCACAAAUUAAAGCCACUUAUUUUAAUAUUAUGAAUCACAAAAAAAAAUUUAAAUAUCCCGAAGAUAGAUCAAUUCCAGAAUCAUUACAAGAUCUUAUUUCAAAACUUUUGGAAGACUCGAGUAUUCGUUUGAAACACGAUGGCAUUGUAAAACAUCCUUUUUUUCACGAUACCAACUGGAAUAACAUAAGAAACGAAGUUCCUCCUUUUGUUCCUUCAUCUAAUUCUCCUGACGAUGUUUCUAAUUUUAUUGAUAUCGUUCGAAAAAAAUCUGCACCUAAAAUCGAAAUGAAAAAUUGCAGAAUGAAUUUUUCCGGGAAGCAAUUGCCUUUUAUUGGUUUUACUUUUAGCCAUGUUCCGGAUAUUUGUGAAAAAAAAUUAACCGAUUCCGAAGAUAUAAAUUAUAAAGAAAAAAAGGGUCCAAAUUUUGAAUCAAUGUUUUCAAAAAAAGAAAAUAAAAAUGUUGUUUCAAAACUGAUUGAAUCACAAUUUGGUAAAAAUGAAGAAUUGGAAAAUAUGGAAAAAAAAUUUGAAGAAAAAAAAAGACUUUUGGAAAUUUGUGAAAAAGACAGAAAUAAAUUGCAAAGGGAAUUAGCUAAAUGUUUGGCUGAAAAAAAUAACAUACAAAAAAUUUUGGAAAUGGAAAGAGAGGAUCGGAGAGAAAUGGAAGCAAACGCGCUAAAACUCAUUAGUGAAACUAAAAUAAAAAUUGAGAAAAACUUUGGUAAUCAAAUCAAGCAAUUGAAUGCAGAAAUCGAGGAGGUUAAUGAUAAACUCACAGAAGCUCACACUAUAAAUAAUGAAUUAAUUAAUAAUCUCGAUCGUGUUAAAUCUGAUCUUCACACUGCUAAUAAAGAAAUCGAAAGACUGAAAAAUUUAGAAACUGAAUUUAAAAAUAAAAUGGCGGAGGCGAGGGAAUUUAAAAGAAAAAGUGUCGUUGGAAUAGAAACACGAUUGGAAAAAAUGGCUCAAGAUAAUCAGUUGCAAUCAAGUAUUUUACAACAAAAAUUAAGUGAUGAAGUUGCCAUUAAAACUAAACUCGAACAAAAAUUAAAAGAAAUUGAAUGUUCAUGGGCCAGUCAAGAAUCCAAAUUAAAACAAGAAAUAGCUGAUAACGAAGAAAAAAUUAAAAAACUCGAAUUAAAAAUUAAAUCUCAACAAUCGGAAAUAGCUACGUUUGAAAUUAAAUUAAGCGAAAAGUCAAAUAUCGCGAUUUUGGAAGAAAAAUUACUAUUGGAGAGAAAUGAAUGCAUCAAAUUACGCGACCAAAUUAUUGAAUUGAAUAAUUCUACGUGCUCUCUUUCCGAACAUAAAUCCAUUUUAGCUGCACAUGAAGAAACAAUGAAAGCUUUAGAAAAAGAAUUGCGUGAAGCUUCGGAAGAAAAAAUAAAAUUGCAAAGGAAAUUGCAGAAAACAAAAGAAGUCGAAGAUGAAAAUAGGCAAAAGUUAAGUCAUUUGGAGGUUGUCGUUGAUCGUUUGGAGCAGGGUGUUAUCAAAUUGGAAGCGGAAAAUGCGCAGUUAAAAAAAGAUGUGAUUGCACAUGCUCAACCGUUAACUUCUGAAGCUGAAACACGUUAUCGUGAGAAAAUUACGUUAUUAGAAGAUCAAAUUGCUAAAUUGGAAAAUCAAGUUCAAAAAUUAAGAGAGUCGUCUGUUUUGGAUAAGGAAUCAUUGAGAACUACUCAAGCAGCUCUUUGGAAAACGGAAAAAGAACUUUCUGAUGCAAAAAUAGAUAUUCGAAUAGCAAAACGAGAAGCUAAAACUGCCGAAGAUACGGUGACGCGUCUUCAAGAGGAAAUAAAAAAUCUUACGGAGAAAUUAAGUGCAGCCGAAGAAAAAAGUCAGAAAAGUGUAUCAGCCGAACGUGAAAAAUUAGAUAAGUUAAUUUUGGAAAAAAAUCAUGUCAAAGUUGAAUUGAGUCAAAGGGAUUCCGAAAUUAAAAUGCUUAAAAAUCAAUUGGAAGAACUUGAAGAAUUGAAAAAAAUUGAAAAGCAGUUAAAAAGAGAUCUCAUCGAAGCGACGCAAAAAUGUAAAAUGUUGGAAAAAGAAAUAGAUAAAUUACAAAAUGAAAAAGAAAAAGAAAAAAUAAAUUAUGAAUCCAUAGAUAAGAAAAAAUCGGAAAUGGAAAAAACAAUAGAAGAAUUAAAGCAAAAAAUUUCCAGUUUGGAAGUAAAUAAUGCCGUUUUAAAAGAAACCGGAGCCAUGCUCGACGAACAACUGGAAGAUUACGACAAAUUUACAUCCAGUCAAGCUGAAAAAAUUGAAAAAUUAACGGAGGAAAAGUCUUCCUUGGAAAAAAAUUUAGAAAAAAUUCAAAACGAAUUAAGAGUGUGUCGACAAAAUUUAAAUGAAGAAAAAUCAUUUAAAAUUCGUGCGGAACAAAAGGUGGCGUUUUUAGAAAGUGAAAUCGAAAGUAAAAAGGAUUCAAUAACACAAUUGCAAAAGGAUAUACAUAAUUGUAAUGUAACGAUCGAAAAUUUGAAAUCACAGUUAAACGAAUACGAAAAUAAGUGUCUUACCUACGAAAUGGAAUUAAAGGAAGGAAGGCAAAUGUACGAUGCAUUGGAAAACGAAUGUCAAUGGAUGAAAAAAGAAGCGUCGACUUAUUUAACAAAUUUAUAUUCUUUAAGAGAAUCUAAUUACAAAUUAACUCAAGAUCUGGAGGAAGAACAUACCAUGGUGGAAAGGUUACAAGAAAGAAUAACCGAGUUACAAAGCGUCGUAACCGAAUUGGAACAUUUUCACAAGCAAAGAGAAGUUAAAGAUGAAGCUACAAAACAACAACAAAAUAAAUUAAUUGCUUUCCUACAGGAGAAAUUAGACGAUACGAAAAAGAAGAAGUCCUUAACUGACGUUCUUUUCGGAACUCGAAAUAAGGAAAAUUUAAUUCCUUUUAAUUCUCCUCCGUCUAAUAAAAACGUGGCGAACGUUUUAAUGAAGAACAAGUCACCGAGAAAUUUGUUAAAUUCUCCAAGCACAAAAGAAGCCUUAAAUCAAAUUGUCAAAUCUCCAACAAGUCAAUCAUAUUUUCAAAGGCAAGCUUCGUUGCAAAGAAUGCAUCACAAUAUACCUCACAGGUUUAAAAGUCAGACAAAAAUCAAAAGUGGUACCUGUAAUGUGUGUAAUUUGCAAUUAAGUCGUAACGGUCAAUGUUCGAUAUGUACUCAAUGCAAAUUCGUUACGCACACAAAAUGUGCCAUGAUUGCUCCUAAAACAUGCGGGUUACCUCAAGGACUUGUAAAGCACUAUGCAAAAUCCGUAGUCAAGACUAAUUCGGAUGACGUAACAUUUAAAAUGGAAAAUGCAAAUUGUCAAAGUCUAGAAAAAUUAGAAGGAUGGAUUAAAAUUUUAAACACGACUAAAACAAAUUGGGAAAAAAAAUAUGCUAAACUCGAAGAAAAUAAAGUUUUAAUAUUUGACGAAAAACCGGUAGAUUCAACUGUUGUUCCUUUAAAUUCGUUUAAUCUUUGUCCCGAUAAUGGACAGGUUAUCGUUGGAGAGAGCGUUGACCCCAAAGAACUACCCAAUACGGCUUCAGCUAACUUACCUUUUAUUAUAAAGAUUGCGUGCGUUCCGGAAACGACUUGUUGGCCCGAACAAAUAAAUUACUUGAUGAUAUUAUCUUCUUCCGACAAGACAAAAUGGUUAUCGGCAUUAAACAGUGCGGUUAUAAAUUCAAAAGUCGAUGAAAAUCGAAAAUACGCGGGUUCCGUCGUUUAUUCUUUUCCGAAAGACUCGAUUUUGAAUGUUAAUUGUGUAAUUCAAAUCAGCGAAAAGUUAUCUCUUUUGGGAACAGAAGAAGGUUUAUUUUCCUUCAAACUCUCAACUCCCAACGCUCAACCCGUCAAAAUAGAAGGAAUAUCUAAAGUUUUUCAAAUGGCUCUUGCACCGCAAAUAGGCGUUGAUCUCAUGAUUGUUGAAAAAGAAAGAAGAUUGGUCAUGUGCGAUCAUCGAGCUUUGAUUAGCAAUGCAGAAGCAGCAGCUUGUUCUAAUCCCAGCAUAAGCGUUCGCCCGAUAGAAAAGAAUUUGGAAAAAGAAAGUUGUAUAAUGUUUGCCAUAUCGCCACCGAACGCAGACAAAGAAGUUUUUGUUACCGUUGCAACACACAACAAACUUUUCAUUUUAAAAUGGUGCUACAAGACGAGCGAAUUUUACAAAGCGAAAGUUCUCGAAACGUUGCAUCCGUGCAAUUGCGUUUUAUAUUUAAAACAUUCGGUCAUUGUCGGAUGCGAUAAAUUUUUUAAAAUCGAUUUGAAUGAUUUUUCAGCGACAGAAUUUUUGGAUCCGUCGGUAAAAUCAUUAGCAUUUUGGAAAAUAGGAAGUUUUCCAAUGGAAAUAUUUCGCAUUUCGAAAUCGGAAUUUCUUUUAUGUUUUAACGAAUUUGGAGUUUUCGUAGAUGAAGAAGGAAGAAAAACACAAUGCGAUUUGAAAUGGAGUAAAGUUCCUUGUGAUUUUGCAUAUUCAAAGCCUUACCUUUUUGUGAUACAUUUGGCGUCCGUGGAAGUCAUUCGAGUGCCUUUUCUGGAUUCGAAAUCAUCAGAUGAUAGCAUUUGCACUUCGUCAACGGCUACAAUCAACGAUUCCGCUCAAAUAAAUCUUUCUUCUCCUCAAUAUUUGGGUGAAAGUAAAUCGCCAUGUUCGAUAUUCGUUAAAGCAAAUUCAUCAACUCAUGUUAAUUUACUCUUGAUCGAAGGAAAUAAAUUGUAUAAAAACGAUUUGGGAAGUUGCAUGAGCUUGAAUACGAAAAUUAAUAUUUUAGCUCUUGUCAUAGCAUCUUGUUUUUCGUCUUUGGCUGAACACCAAGUCAGAGAUAAUAAAAACGAUGGAGACGAAUUUAGUUUUACGUCGUCCAUCGUUCAUUCGUUGGAAAAUGUCGGAACAUCGACUCCCAGGGAUUCGGAUGAAGAAUCAUGUUCGACUUAUACCGUGUCGGAAAAUGAUAAUUUAAACAAUAGAAAAGUCGUUACGUUCGAACAGAAAAGCGUUUUGUAA